GCGCUUUUUGUUCUUUCAGGACAGAAAGACGGAGAAAAUUAUUUUUAAUUGGUCGCGAAGGGUCCGGGUUUAGCGAAGAUAACAUUUCGCUCGGUUCACUACAAUCAAAAACCGGUCAAGUGUAGAGUCAAACCGAUGUCGUCUGGUGAAAAGUUGCGCAUUUGUGGGACUAAAUCAGCUCAGCAGUGAGCUAGCAUUAGCCUCUCCGAGACGGUGUCCAGAUUGGAGCGGAAGGAGUUCGGGCACUGGGAAGAAGGGGAGAAAUCUACUGGGAUGCCUCACGCAAGUUGGAAAAAAAUGUAUCUUACAGUUCCGCCUGGAAUCACGGCACUGUAAACCUUAAGUAUGUGUUCCCUUGACUGAUAUCGAAUUGCAGGAACAGUUUCAUGUUGGUUUUGUAACAGUUAGCGUGCCAGUUGAGCGAGUUAGCCACGUAGCUACGUAGCCUUCAGUGGGAAGACAUUUAAAAUGGCGGAGGGUUGGCCCAUUCCUUCGGCCCUUGUCUUCAUGCUGUUCGGUUUGAGUGCCUGGGCUCUUGAGUCUUGUCCCACUCCUUGCUCGUGUUCAAAAGGACUAGGUGAGGUCCAUAUUCUGGACUGCAACAGGAAAAGGCUGUCGACGCCACCGCUGGACCCACCAGAUGGGAUAACCCAAGUCACCAUGAAUCACAAUGAGCUGACUGUUCUUCCAUUUCUUGGAGAUGUUUCCUCAAACAUCACCUCACUGUCAUUAGUCCACAAUCGGAUCUCAGAACUGCUGAUGCAUCAGCUGCAGCCAUAUGUUUCCUUGGAGACACUCGACCUGACAUCCAACUCCAUCUCUGAGCUCAGAGUUGGAUCCUUCCCCUACAUGCAGCUGAAAUAUCUGAAUUUGAGUAAUAACAAGAUCAGCGUUCUCGAGCCAGGCUGCUUUGAAAACAUCUCCAGCUCCCUGCUGGUGCUGAAGCUGAACAGGAACAGAUUAGCUGUGCUGCCAUCCAAAGUCUUCAAACUUCCUCAGCUUCAGUUCCUUGAAAUGAAGCGCAACAAGAUCAAGAUAGUGGACAGCCUAACAUUCAAAGGGAUGGACUCACUGAAAUCACUGAAGAUGCAGAGGAAUGGCAUCAGUAAGCUCAUGGAUGGAGCCUUUUUUGGACUUAACAACAUUGAAGAACUAGAGCUAGAGCAUAACAACCUAACUGAGGUCAAUAAAGGUUGGCUGUAUGGCCUGCGCAUGCUGCGUAUCCUGCGGGUCAGCCAGAAUGCUGUCGGCAUCAUCCGACCAGACGCCUGGGAAUUUUGCCAAAAGCUGGAGGAACUAGACUUGUCCUUCAAUCAUUUGACCAGACUCGAGGAGACUGCUUUUGUAGGAUUAGGUUUCCUGGAGAGCCUGAACCUGGGAGAGAACUCCAUCAGCCAUUUGGGAGAAGGAGUGUUCAGUGGCCUGGCAAGUCUGCGUACCCUAGAUAUCCGCAACAAUGAAAUCUCUUGGGCCAUUGAAGACUCCAUUGGUGUAUUUGAUGGAAUGAAGAAGCUGAACACAUUAAUCCUACAGCGGAACAAAAUCAAAUCAAUCACUAAGAAAGCGUUUGAGGGCCUGGAGGAGCUGGAGCACUUGGACCUCAGCAAGAAUGGCAUCAUGUCGAUACACCCUGAGGCGUUGUCCCACAUGAAGCUCAAAGUGUUUGUCCUGAACACCAGCAGCUUGCUGUGUGACUGCCACAUGCAGUGGUUGGGGCCAUGGCUGACUGACAGCCAGUUCCAGCAGUCUGUCUCUGCCGUCUGUGCUCAUCCUGCGAGUCUACUUGGUCGCAACGUCCUGUCCAUCAGCCCAGAAGAGUUUGUUUGUGAUGAUUUCCCCAAGCCUCAGAUCACAACUCACCCAGAGACGUCUGUGGCACUGCGGGGGAACAAUGUGACUCUGAGCUGUGUUGCCUCCAGCAGCAGUGAUUCGCCAAUGACCACAGCUUGGCGGAAGGACGGGGAGGUGCUGUAUGAUGCAGAAGUGCAAAACUACGCCCAGUACCAGGAGGGAGAGCUGAUCUACACCACUAUGCUUCACCUCCUCAAUGUCAACUUUACUGAUGAGGGGCGGUACCAGUGUGUGGUCUCCAAUCACUUCGGCUCCAACUACUCCAACAGGGCCAAGCUUACCGUCAAUGAGUUGCCAUCAUUUCUUAAGACUCCAAUGGACCUGACGAUCCGGACCGGGACUAUGGCCAGGCUGGAGUGUGCUGCUGAAGGCCAUCCAUCACCCCAGAUUGCUUGGCAGAAGGACGGAGGCACAGACUUUCCUGCUGCCCGAGAGCGAAGGAUGCACGUGAUGCCAGAUGAUGACAUCUUCUUCAUUGCUAACGUGAAGACAGAAGACAUGGGAGUGUACAGCUGCACGGCUCAAAAUGCAGCUGGCAGCCUGUCGGCAAACGCUACUCUCACUGUCCUGGAAACUCCAUCCUUCAUGCGGCCGCUGGAAGACAGAACAGUGGCCCGUGGUGAAACUGCUGUGCUUCAGUGCAUAGCUGGAGGUAGCCCUGCCCCCCGUCUCAACUGGACCAAAGAUGACGGACCUCUGGUACUCACAGAGCGCCACUUCUUCGCUGCUGCCAACCAGCUCCUUAUUAUAGUGGACGCUGGUCCUGCUGAUGCUGGCAAAUACACCUGCAUCAUGUCUAAUACUCUGGGAACAGAGCGUGGCCACAUCUACCUCAGCGUCUCGCCAUCACCUAACUGCGAUACGGGUGGCGGGUACGACCAAGAUGGCUGGACCACCGUGGGCAUUGUGGUUAUUGUGGUGGUGUGCUGUGUGGUUGGAACCUCGCUGGUCUGGGUCAUUGUCAUCUAUCACAUGCGCAGAAAGAGUGAGGACUACAGUAUCACAAACACAGAUGAGAUGAAUUUGCCAGCAGACAUCCCCAGCUACUUGUCCUCUCAGGGUACUUUGUCAGAGCCUCAGGAAGGCUACAGUAACUCUGAGGCUGGCAGCCACCAGCAGCUCAUGCCUCCUCUCUCCAAUGGAUACGUCCAUAAAGGGACAAAUGGUGUGUGUUAUGGAGACACGAGCAGUGAGGUGGAAACUGAGGGGAAUGGCAUGCUGCACUGCAGGGUCGGCUCUCUGUUCACUGGCCGUAGCAGCUUCCACCCUGGGGAGCCCUGUGAGGGGCUAGCUGGAGUCCCCACAGGUGGUGCAGGUCCGCUGGUCAUCUGCUCCGACUGCUACGACAAUGCCAACAUUUACUCACGCACACGGGAGUACUGCCCCUAUGCCUAUCUAGGGGAGGACGAUCCGCUGGACAAAAGUCUACCAGGCCUGAAGGGGAGCUUCAGUGAGCAUGCCCAGCACGAGGACACGGCACUGGAGAGCCUCAUUAGCAACCAGGACUCCUCUGUCUUUCUCACCUCACAUGACAAAAGGUUGAGCAGCCACACUCCCCCGGAGCACUACACUAAUGAUUCCCUUAGCAGGUCAUUCUGGGGAGAAGGGGAAGAUCUGUCCUCGAAACCCCAAUCAGGAGCGUCCCAGCACCCAGUGACUGUUCACAGGACACCUCCUAUAACUUCAACUGCAGACGGGGCACAGAACCAGAAUGAAGCAGAGGUGGGCUACUUCCCCAGCCAAAGCACACAGGACCACAGAAGUGCCUCUAAUAGGACUAACCCUCUGGAGCAUCCUGCUCCCACAUAGGUCCUUACACUCCGCCCACACUCCUCGUUGCUGCACCCCAUCCCCCUUCACCCACUACCUCCAAAGAGACUCCUCACAUUCUGCCAAAGAUGCUCUCUUGUAUGUUUACAUUCCCCUUUCACUCAAGAGGACAUGCUAACGUUCUCCACUGUGGAAAGACUCCUGUGUCAGGCUGGAGAAGUGGACCUGUGAUUAAAGUGACCUCCUCCUUGACACCUCCACCUCUGCAGGACCCCUCUCUCCCACAUCCUCCACCACUCUUCUUUUUCUCUUUAUAGAGAAAUCUAUGAAUGUAUGUUUUAAAGAGCCAUGUUGGAUGGGAUCGACCCUGCUGCUGUGGGGCUGAAAUUGUUUGCCAGUGUACUACACAUUGGCUGUUUGUUUCAUCAUUCCUGGUACAGACACGUGUUGGAACAGCCUACAUGACUUUGGUAGAAAAUCAUAAACCAUCUCUUCCCAACUGGGGAAAAAGGGGUUUAAAUGGGGGACAAUUAUAGUUCCCUCACCAGCAGAUUGUGAUGGUUAAUAUAGGUAAGAACCUUGAAAGAAUAUGUCCCACAUUCCCACAGCUAUUCUGACUGACUCUAAACUACCCUAUCUAAUAUCCAGUUAUGCAAAUUCCAGAGACAGUGACACCAAAAUGUGGUGUAUAUUAUGAAUAUAUAUGAAUAUAUCCUAUAUCAUCUUUAUCUGAUCUUGUUUUUGUUCUAUGUCAAACACAAUUGUUAAUUCCUUCACUUUAUAUCUUCGUUAUGAUAAGCAGUUUGGGGAGAAAGCAUACAGUUUUUUUUGCACAUGUGACAAUCAUGGUUUUGCUGGCUAUUUUCUGAUGGUUGUCUGUUAGAUGGCCUUUUUAACAAGCAUUCUCAGUAACCUCGAUCAGGUGACAUUAUGGUUUAUAUAUACAGUAUGCACUGAUUUGUUUUCCCUUCUUCUCAUGUCUUACAGGCACUUAAUUUAAUGGUGGUACACUUUAUUAUGCAAUGCGCAUGUUGUUUUACAUUGUGACGAUUUAUCAUCACAGUUUUUUCUCAAAGUUCAUGAUCCUUCCAUAGAAAUUGAUUAAGCCUAGGUUUUCACUUGGGACUGUGAAAAAUGAGAAUGUAUUGUAUUAUUUUAUAUGUAUGUAUGUGUAUGUGUGUGUGUGUGUGUGUGUGUAUGUAUGUAUGUAUGUAUCUAUGUGUACAUAAGGCUAGUUAUAUGAAAUGCCAUGUCCUACUAGUCCAUUUACAGAGAGGUUUGAGACGUAAG